CUAAACAGUCACCUCUCCCAACCCAGGCUCCUCCCAAAACACAAUGACUCAAACUAGAAUUACAGGUAGAUGUACACCCAGAGCAGGAAACACAAUGGAAGGAAUCUCUGUGCCGACCAUGGAGGAGACACUUGGGGUGGAUAUUGAUAUUGAGACCCUCAUAGAUGAGUUUGAAUAUAUCCCUGGCCACUUUCACUUGGAAAUGAACCUCAACUUUGAAUCCUGCACCCCAGUUCAGUUUAGAAGAAGAGACAUUAAACUGAAGAGAGAUGCAUUGCAAUUUCAGCUGGAGUCCAACUCCAGUUUCCUGCAGCUUGCAGUCCGGAACCUGCUUGGGGUCUUCUCGUUCUACUUGGACGAGGUGGACAGCGCAAAGGAAAUAUUUGUCAGCGUCACCCAGGAGGAACCCAACAAUUUAAAUGCCUGGGCUAACUUGGCAUAUGUGUACGACAGGCUAAAUAUGGAGGAUCAAGCUUCGGAAUGCACCGAUAAAGUGUCCCAUCUCAUGGGCCUGGAGGAAGAGGAUGGGAACAGUAAGGGCCACCGGCUGAGGGCAGCUCGCUGCUUGGCAGAGCAAGGCUACGCUCAUGCCUUCGAUGUUGGGUUGCUGAACGAUGAUGACAACAUGGAGAAACUGAUUGCUGGCAUCAGUUUGUUUGAAAAGGCCCUGGCCUAUGGCAAACAAGAGGUGAGUCCAGAAAAAUUAUAAAAAUAAAUAUAUACAAGAAUCUGUAAGUGUGACAUGCUGAUACAACCACAAUUAUACGACUAAAUGGAGCCACAUGUUUGAUGUACAGCUAUGUAACCAUACACGCUGCAGGCACAUCAGUUAGAAAUUUGAUGAAAUGAAACCAUGUAUAGAAAUAGAAUGUGACGGCAGAUAAGAACCAUUCGACCCAUCUAGUCUGCCCAAUUUUCGAAAUACUUUCAUUAGUCCCUGGCCUUAUCUUAUAACUAGGAUAGCCUUAUGCCUAUCCCAAGAAUGCUUAAACUCCUUUACUUUGUUAACCUCUACCACUUCAGCUGGAAGGCUAUUCCAUGCAUCCACUACUCUCUCAGUAAAGUAAUACUCCCUGAUAAGACUAUAUAAUGCAGUAAAUCAAGGUAGUAGCACAAUGUAGUACUAGUACCAGCUCAGUGCUCAAUGCUCUGGCAUUCAAAGGGUUAAAAAAACACAUUGGCGCAAGCCAGGCCUGAGUUACAUGUCUGACAGUGGCUUGAACACGUAUCGUUAAUUAUGAAGACAGAAACAAAAGUAAAAGUGUCAAUAAUACAUAAUUAUGGAAAGGGUAGUAGAUACAAGGAAUAGCUUCCCAGCAGAAGCAAAUGUAGUUCUGAAAUUCCAGAAUACUAGGAUAUGUGCCUGGGAGCAGUAAUAGCAAGGUAAUGUUAUAUCAAUGGAUUUAAACCCAUAAGGAUUUGAGACAUGCUAAGCAUGUCACGUCAUAAAUGGAAAGGUGUACCCACUGUCAUUUAAAUGGUUAAUCGCUUCUUUCCUAUACCACUGAACUUCUUAGUCUUCUGUCAAAUUAAUUUUGUUAUUUAACAGUUCUUAUAAGGCACUCUUGCCCAAACAGCUUUACAGUUUAAGCAAUGGUACAGUGGUAAUUAUACAAACCGGGCACAUGUGGCACAGUUGAUAUGCGACAGGCGAUGUCUACAAUCAGAACCCAGGACAUACUUGAAAAUGAGAGAAAUCUCAAUGUAUCUUUCCUGGUAAAAUAUUUUAUAAAUAAAAUAGAACUUGCUGUAUUCAGGGACGUGUGACAUUGCAUUGAUUACAAUUGUAUAUACAGGGCUAUUCACAAAUGUGGAAAUUGUCAGGAAUUCAAAGUGAAUUGAAAAUGAACUGACAUUUUUAGGCUACAACAUUUUUAUUGGAAAAAAAACUCUUAAGUACAGCUAUUCUAUUUUGAGCUAAACUCACUUUGUAUUGACACUUUAAUGAUAAUCCCAGUUGGUGUUGGCACUUAGUCUGUUCUUACAAACAAAUCAGUCCCACUCCCUCAUCUAACGCUCCUGUAGCUAAUUAUCACUGCACCUCAUCACGUGUGAGCACUUGGCAUGCUGAAUAUAAUGUACACUGUGCCAAUGGGUGGAAAAAAAUAAUUGGUCUGUUUUAUUAGUGAGACCACCAGGCUGAGCCAUCUUAAUCCCAGAACCUUCAUUCACUUACUGCACAGGAAUAAGGAAAAAGUUAUCUGCACUAUAUACCUGCUAUAUUUUAUAUAAGGCCCACAGCCUAGGGACUGGGGUCAAAUCACUGCAAUAUAUAGUAUACCUUGUGCAUUUACUGUAAGAAUAUUUUAAAAACCUUAACCCCUUAAGGACCAAGCUUCUGGAAUAAAAGGGAAUCAUGACAUGUCACACGUCAUGUGUCCUUAAGGGGUUAAAGGGGCGCUUGGUGAUUAUGCUUUAUUUAGAAGUUUGCUACAGAAUAGCAUUGGUCUUGCCUUGAUAAAUCUCCUCCAUUGUUUGUAAAUAAUCAAUACAGUACUUGCACUGGUGCCAACUGUGUCUAUUGUGCAAAUAGGUAAACGUUCACUUUAUAGAUCGCUCAAACGUGGCGGACGAUGUUGCGAAAUCCCAUGGUCGGUGGAUUACAGUGGUCACAGAUGGAUAAUGCUAGACUUAGUACACCAAAUAGUUGGCUUAAAAUGCUAAAUGCCACCUUAUUUACAAUAGGAUAUAUACCACAUUUAUUAAAGCUAGUUUGCUUUAUGGACAGUUUACCUACAAGGCAGAAUAAUAUCACAAUGUUUAUUUUACUGGAACAGUAUGUGCGUAGCAUGCAUGUUUGUUGUACUGUACACUAGAUACAGCACAUGUCAUACCCAGAAACCCAACUGUGUGCUGGACAUCAGCUACACGUGUCACGCCUAGCAAUGCCACAAUAUACUAUAAACCAGCUAUACCACGUGUCACUCCCAGCAAUGCCACAAUAUACUAUAAACCAGCUAUACCAUGUGUCACGCCCAGCAAUGCCACAAUAUACUAUAAACCAGCUAUACCACGUGUCACGCCUAGCAAUGCCACAAUAUACUAUAAACCAGCUAUACCACGUGUCACGCCCAGCAAUGCCACAAUAUACUAUAAACCAGCUAUACCAUGUGUCACGCCCAGCAAUGCCACAAUAUACUAUAAACCAGCUAUACCACGUGUCACGCCCAGCAAUGCCACAAUAUACUAUAAACCAGCUAUACCACGUGUCACGCCCAGCAAUGCCACAAUAUACUAUAAACCAGCUAUACCACGUGUCACGCCCAGCAAUGCCACAAUAUACUAUAAACCAGCUAUACCACGUGUCACGCCCAGCAAUGCCACAAUAUACUAUAAACCAGCUAUACCACGUGUCACGCCCAGCAAUGCCACAAUAUGCUAUACCACAUGUCACGCCCAGCAAUGCCACAAUAUACUAUAAACCAGCUAUACCACAUGUCACGCCCAGCAAUGCCACAAUAUACUAUAAACCAGCUAUACCACAAUAUACUAUAAACCAGCUAUACCACGUGUCACGCCCAGCAAUGCCACAAUAUACUAUAAACCAGCUAUACCACAUGUCACGCCCAGCAAUGCCACAAUAUACUAUAAACCAGCUAUACCACAUGUCACGCCCAGCAAUGCCAUAAUAUGCUAUACCACAUGUCACGCCCAGCAAUGCCACAAUAUACUAUAAACCAGCUAUACCACGUGUCACGCCCAGCAAUGCCACAAUAUACUAUAAACCAGCUAUACCACAUGUCACGCCCAGCAAUGCCACAAUAUACUAUAAACCAGCUAUACCACAUGUCACGCCCAGCAAUGCCAUAAUAUGCUAUACCACAUGUCACGCCCAGCAAUGCCACAAUAUACUAUAAACCAGCUAUACCACGUGUCACGCCCAGCAAUGCCAUAAUAUACUAUAAACCAGCUAUACCACGUGUCACGCCCAGCAAUGCCAUAAUAUACUAUAAACCAGCUAUACCACGUGUCACGCCCAGCAAUGCCAUAAUAUACUAUAAACCAGCUAUACCACGUGUCACGCCCAGCAAUGCCAUAAUAUACUAUAAACCAGCUAUACCACGUGUCACGCCCAGCAAUGCCACAAUAUACUAUAAACCAGCUAUACCACGUGUCACGCCCCCAGCAAUGCAACAAUAUACUAUAAACCAGCUAUACCACGUCACGCCCAGCAAUGCCACAAUAUACUAUAAACCAGCUAUACCACGUGUCACGCCCAGCAAUGCCACAAUAUACUAUAAACCAGCUAUACCAUAAACCAGCUAUACCACGUCACGCCCAGCAAUGCCACAAUAUACUAUAAACCAGCUAUACCACGUGUCACGCCCAGCAAUGCCACAAUAUACUAUAAACCAGCUAUACCACGUGUCACGCCCAGCAAUGCCACAAUAUACUAUAAACCAGCUAUACCACGUGUCACGCCCAGCAAUGCCACAAUAUGCUAUACCACAUGUCACGCCCAGCAAUGCCACAAUAUACUAUAAACCAGCUAUACCACAUGUCACGCCCAGCAAUGCAAUAUACUAUAAACCAGCUAUACCACAAUAUACUAUAAAUAUACCACGUGUCACGCCCAGCAAUGCCACAAUAUACUAUAAACCAGCUAUGUACCACAUGCCAGCAAUGCACUAUAAACCAGCCACAAUGUCACGCCCAGCAAUACUAUAAUACUAUACCACAUGUCACGCCCAGCAAUGCCACAAUAUACUAUAAACCAGCUAUACCACGUGUCACGCCCAGCAAUGCCACAAUAUACUAUAAACCAGCUAUACCACAUGUCACGCCCAGCAAUGCCACAAUAUACUAUAAACCAGCUAUACCACAUGUCACGCCCAGCAAUGCCAUAAUAUGCUAUACCACAUGUCACGCCCAGCAAUGCCACAAUAUACUAUAAACCAGCUAUACCACGUGUCACGCCCAGCAAUGCCAUAAUAUACUAUAAACCAGCUAUACCACGUGUCACGCCCAGCAAUGCCAUAAUAUACUAUAAACCAGCUAUACCACGUGUCACGCCCAGCAAUGCCAUAAUAUACUAUAAACCAGCUAUACCACGUGUCACGCCCAGCAAUGCCAUAAUAUACUAUAAACCAGCUAUACCACGUGUCACGCCCAGCAAUGCCACAAUAUACUAUAAACCAGCUAUACCACGUGUCACGCCCCCAGCAAUGCAACAAUAUACUAUAAACCAGCUAUACCACGUCACGCCCAGCAAUGCCACAAUAUACUAUAAACCAGCUAUACCACGUGUCACGCCCAGCAAUGCCACAAUAUACUAUAAACCAGCUAUACCACGUCACGCCCAGCAAUGCCACAAUAUACUAUAAACCAGCUAUACCACGUGUCACGCCCAGCAAUGCCAUAAUAUACUAUAAACCAACUAUACCACAUGUCAUACCCACCAGUGAUGGUUUAUGCAAUGCGUUCUAUAAGGAUUUUAACGUUGUGUCCAUAAAGUCUUUAUGAGUUCUUCUGCGUUUGGGGGUGAAAUGGAUCAAUGUAAAUAAAACAUAAAAAAAAAAAAAGGUUGAGAAUUGUAUAACUCAUGUCAAACUGUAAGCCCAUAAGAGCACAUUUUCAAAGUCGCUGAGGGAGGAGGAAGAGUAAACGUUAUAAACAAGAUAAGAGUUUAUGGCAUAAUCAAGCCCAUGUAAUGAGGGUGUGUAGCUCACGCUCAGUUUAUGUAAAAACAUAUUGAAACAUUAACAAACUACAUUGUUUCUAAUGGACUAUUGCAAAACAUUUUUGUGUGAAGUACUAUUUAUUACAUUCUUACACAUUCAGGGUUAUUCCCAAAACAGGGUUAUUCCAAUGCAAAUGCAGCAAAAAACUAAAUUACAAAAAAAUGAAAUCUCAGGGCAAUUCAGAGGCCCUGUUUAUUAAAAUGACUUAAACGUACUCAGAAUUAGAACCCAUCCAAAUCAGUUAAACUACUUUUGUUUCUGUUUAUGCAGCCCUAGUCACAUCUCCCCUGGUGGUUUCAUUUUCAAUCCGAUGUGACAGUGCGUUUAUGUCCUGAUCUGUUAACUGAACUUAAUUGAAGCAGUCUAUGUACAAAGCAAGAGAUAAGAAAUUCUAAAUUAAACAGACUGUGUAACAAAGGAUUUUUAAAUCCUGGCCAUAUCACAAGAAAGCAUUCCAAUAUUGAAAAAUGAGUGUGUCAACUACCCAUGGGCAGAGUGCUUCUGGGGCACUCGAAUAUUGAUAGAACACCAUACCAUGAAACUUGAUCAGAACAAGGACAGGUGGAGAGGAGUUCAAAUUCAGGACUGCACUAUCUGGGAAUGCUGGGAGGUAUACGGCAACACAACAUAAGCAGCAGGGGAAGGGUUGAUAAUGGAUGCACACACACUCGUCUACUCCAAAAAACAGGUGAACAGAAUUCCAAUAGUGAUUGCUAAGUAUCUGUACAGCAUACAAAGUUCUCUGCUAUUUAUUUGUAACAAAAACUGUUUGUGACAAGUGGAUAUUGUGAAUUUAAGGCAUAUAAAUAGAAGAAAUUAAAACAAUUUGGCAAAUUUUAUGUUGGCUUUACUCACAAAAAAUUGAACUGUGGGGAAAUGACAUUAAAAUCCCAAAUUAUAGGUCAAAAUAACAGAGUUGGAAAAAUUCCUAAAAUGCUGCCCAAAAAUGUAAAAUUAAAAAAAUCCCUUAACAAUUCAACAUUGUAAAGUGUAAAUAGGGCCAUCCUUAAAAAAAAAAAAAAAUAAAUAAAUAAAUAAACUAAAAUUUACCAGAUCGAUAAUUCUGUAAGCAACAAAGGGGAGAGAUCCAAUGUGGGAGUGACGACAGGGGCUACAGUAGAUGAUGAAAAUGACAGCAUUGACUUAAAAUCAUAAAUCAUGUAUUCUACUUGGAUACUUAUGGAGCGCAGCAGGAACAGAAAUUAUGGUUGACGACACGGAGAGGCCUGUGUAUGUUAUAAAAAGCUGAAUCCCUGCAUCAUAAUUUGCAAUAGGUUUCCAUACACAGAUGGAAGUAUCCUGAGACUUGUGUGUAGAUGUUUAAAUAAAGGUGUGUUCCACAGCAAACAUCAAUUACAUCCUGGAUUUGUUAUCUGCAACAGUUAAGGAUACACACGUAUAAGAUUUAAAUUUGUCUCCCAUAACAGGGCAAACAGGAAAUCUAAAGAUUUAGAGAGAAAAAAAAAUCUCUAAUCUGAUUGUGGAUGUUUUUGCAGAAGUUUUUAAUAUUCUCCAUAAAUAACUUCUUUAUUAACAACAGUACUUCUUGUACUUACACAUUGCCAAUGAACUACAAAUAUAUACAUAUGCACACACACACACACACACACACACAAAAAGUUGACGUCUCUAUUGGCAUGUUUUUUUGUUUUUUUUUAAAUACUGUUUCUCAUACGUUACCAGAAGUAUGUGUUUAUUAACAAGCAUCUUAUGUUUCAGAUUCCGGUGGAAGAAAAGAGAAGUUGGUUCUUUACUAUGGCGUCUAUCUAUAUAAGGUAUAUACAUUUCCCAGUUUAAUAUAUUCAGUCUACAUUGACCAAUCCGAGACCGCUCAUCUCUCAUCCAGACUGAAUACAGGGUGUUUUAAUCAAGCAUGGAAUUAUAGGCAGUUGACAAAUUAAGAUAUACUUAACUAGACCAGGCACAGGUAACCUUCGGUACUCCCGUUGUUUUGGACUUCACCUCCCAUGAACAGUAAAGGAGGAGACUAAGAAGAAAAACUACCACAACAAGAGGACAUAGUCUUAAAUUAGAGGGGCAAAGGUUUAAAAAUAAUAUCAGGAAGUAUUACUUUACAGAGAGGGUAUUGGAUGCAUGGAAUAGCCUUUCAGCUGAAGUGGUAGAGGUUAACGCAGUAAAGGAGUUUAAGCAUGCGUGGGAUAGGCACAAGGCUAUCCUAACUAUAAGAUAAGGCCAGGGACUAAUGAAAGUAUUUAGAAAAUUGGGCAGACUGGAUGGGCCGAAUGGUUCUUAUCUGCCGUCACAUUCUAUGAUGCUUUGCCAGCAUUAAGGGCGUAAGAGCAUUAUGGAGGAUGUAGUCCACGACAUCUGGAGUGCCGAAGGUUACCUUCCACUGAAUUAGUCUGUGGUGGGGACUUCCUGGUGUUGAAGAGCUGGCUUUCCAUCCAUUUUGUUGGUUUUCUGAUGGGUUGUUGAUAAGCCAUGGACGGUUGGUGGUUCCUGAGACCAAAUUGAGGAAGACUUUUUGUGUUAUUUCCGUCUAUUUUCAAACAAUAUCAUAAUACAAACUUCUGAUUUUUGACACGAUACACACAUUCAACCUUCCUGUUGCAAAGAUAACGGCUAUUACAUAAAAUAAUACAAACUGUUUAUACUUCUUUCAGGAUUGAUGGAUUAUUACUAAACAAAAACGAAGAAGAAAAUAAUAGGCUCCUGUUUUUUAACAAGACCCUGAUGUUGCUAAGAGAAUCUGUUAAGUCCACAAAUUGUCAGUACAGAGGUAAUGUAUAUUCCACUCUUUACCUGGUAGGCAAGGUGUUUGCACUGAUAAAAACAGGUUUGAAGGACAAAGAACCUUGUAGUUGGCAAUGAUCGAUUUUACAAUAAGGUGACCUCUAGGGAACUCUGAAAAUGAUUCUGUAGAUAAUUUCUGCUUUGUCUACAAAGCUUUAAUACGGUUUCAGUCUAGAUAUUGGGCUGUGCCCAAAGGGGGGGAGGGGGUAAAGAAAAUUCAAAGUAAAACUGUAUUUAAAAAAAUAAAAUUGUUUUCUUAAAAUAAUUGCAUUGUGUGUGGAUGCAAGAAUGCACCACGUGUAAACUCUAACAAAUGCAUUAGUCACACUUAUAUUUGCUCCCAAUUUUUUUUAAAUAAAUAAAAUAAAUAUAACACUUGCCAAUCAGCACAUUGGAAAAUAAUUCUCCAAAUUUUUACUACUUAUUUUUUCCCCCAGUCACUGCUACUUAUCCCCCUGUUUAAUAAAAAAACUAAUUACUAAAUAGGUAUUUAGUAAAUAUUUUUUUUAAAAGUCACAUUUUCUUUGAGACAUUUUAACCAUUUGGAAAUUACUCCUGAAAGAACUAGCACAUAGGAUUAAAAGUGGGUGUAUUUAUAUACUCGAGAAGCUGAGUUAUAAAAUACAUGUGUAAUGCAAAGGAUUAUAGGCACACAAAACAGAUUAAGUAGAUGGUGCAAAUUAUACACAUAUAACAAUGUUACAGUAAAACAUCAAACAAAAUCUCUCUACUGGCCAACAUCAGUACCCCAUCGCUGACACCAACUGACUGAGGAUGGUACACCAGUAUUUUCCAUCCAAAUUUGAAUUCCACCAAUCAGGUUGCGACUGCUGGGCUACGUGGCUCCCAAUCGGCUCCUAUCACUGCCAUCCAUUUUUUUAAAAUAGACUUGCUUCCACAUCCUCUUGGCAACAGUAGACAGGCUGCAUGCUAUGUGCUGAAAAAUACCCAUUGAUGUGAAUACCAUUGAUACUAUACUAAUCUUAAUGCAAACACUGAUAAUAUUCUGAACUGUAAAUCUCAUAAUUAUUAGCCAAGAGAAGGAUGUCCAUACCAUCAUAUGUAGAGAUCUACCCUCUAGUCAAUGUGUUUAAUCUCAUAACACUGAUGCUAGGAUUAAGGUGUACGCCCUAACCUUCCUGUUACAACAAUGUCUUGAUAAUGGCAAAUUAACUAUACGUGUACUGCUUUCAAGGGAACCCAUAUAAACAUGAAUAUCAAUGAAGAAGGAAGAUUUUAACAAACACUGAUUGAUAACAGUCUAGUUCAGGGGUAGGCAACAUUUUAGCAGCACUGUGCCGAAAUAAGAUUGUGAUAUCCCAUAGUGUGCCCGUCUUAUUUUUUUUAAAUGGAGUUGUGCAUGUUGCUGUAUUCUGCUUGUGUUAUUUACACUGUAGUUGCUUUGUAUCGUUGUAUUUGUGCGUUUAUGAGCUAUUAUAUUGUAUAUGUUCGUGAGUAGUUUGUGGUAUUGUGUAUGAUACCUAUGAAUGUGGGCUGUGUAUGGGGGCUGUUUGUGGAAUUGUGUGUGUGGGUAGAUAUGUCAAAUAUUGUGUGUGUAUGUGUGGGGUAUUGCAUGUGAGACACUGAAUGUUUGGUUGUGUGCAUGCAUGCGGAUUGUGUGUAUGUUUGUGUGUGGGCUGUUCGUAGGGGAGGGUUAUUCUGAAUUUCUGUGUAUAUCUAGCAGUGUGGGUGGUUUCCCUGGGUUCUAGUGGGGACCAGCCUGGCCAGGUACAGGUCUAGGACAGGAGCUGUAACAGCAGCUGCGUGCUGCUCUACUAUAGUGUGGAUUCCCAUUCACAAGUGCUGGGAGGAUGUGAUCUGAGAUCACUUCCUCUACAUGCUGCAAUGCAUAAAUUGAGGAUUGUCCUUCACCACCUUUUCCUAUUAGCAGUUAUCUGAAGUUUCACUGAUAGGAAAGAGCCUGUUUGGCUCUAGCAGCCUUGAGUGCCGUGCAUGGCACACGUGCCAUAGGUUGCUUACCCCUGGUCUAGUUCAAGGGUUCCCAAUUAAUUUUUCCAGUGGAACCCUUUGACAUAGUGUACCAACAUCGUGGAACCCUCCCAAACAUUUUACGCCAUAGCACAAAUCUUUUAGUUAAGAAAGUGUAAUAUUUUCUUUUUUGGAAAAUUUCUACAGAUAGUAAACAGAUUGUAGUACUUAGUAGCAGGUGUGAUUCUGUGUGUAGAGUUGGCGUUUGUAUAUAAUUUUAGCUUUGUAACACAGGGGUGUGUUUGUAUGUUAGGAUUGCAUUUACGUGCAGUGGAGUGUUUGAUUUUAAAUGCGGAUGUACAUUUAUGUGUAGUAUUGGUGUUUGAGGGAAGGGUGUGUUUGUAUAUAAUUUCAGAGUUGGAGUUCAGGGGUGUCUUUGCAUAUCAUGUUUGUGUUUACAAAGGUGUAUCUGCAUGUUGUGUUGGAGUUUGCUGGAAUGUCUGCACAUCCACAGAUAUACAUACAUAUUAACAAGCACACUCACACACAGAUACACAAAGUGGCACAUACACACGCUGACAUACUCUGACACACAGAUACACAUAUUGGCACAAAUAUAAAUACACUCAGAUACACUGGCACAUGCACACACUGAUAUACACAGAUACACACACUGGCAUAGAUUUAUAUACACAGCCUUAAAUACACACACUGGCACAUACACCCAUAAAACACACACUGUCAUAUACACUCACACAUAUACACAUACUGGCAGAUAAACACUGACACACACACACUCUGAUACACACUGACAGAUGCACUGACAAACAGAUACACACUGACACAUGUACACACAGAUACACACACACUGGCACAAAGAUAUAUAUAUAUAUUUAUAUAUAUAUAUAUAUACACACACACACAGGCACAAAGGUUUACCCACAUACUCAAAUACACACACUGGUACAUGCACACAUUGACACACAGAUGCUCAUACACACACACAAACACAAAAUCUAUUUCUAAAAGAAAAACGAAAGCCAUCAGGGACACAUUUCUAAAGUAAAAAACAAUCCAUUUAUUUGCAAUAGCAACUGUAUUUCAAAGUAUAGCAGCUCAGAGAAUACAUAUGUCACAAGUCUUAGCAAUGCGAUCCCCUACAUUCAGUCUACCCCAUCACAUAGAAGUACAAUAUCCGAGACCUCUAGGCAAUGCAAAGGCAACAUGGAUUUUGGGGCACAUAUAUUCUUAUGAGGUAUUGCUAAAAUAAAAAAAAUAAAAAUGUCUAAUGUGUUUCUUCUUUAUAGUAGUCACAACAUUAGCAAUAGCCAAAAUAAAAUCUCACCAAGAGAUUACUUCUUCAUAACCAGUACAAGAGGUAAGGGGAAGGCCUUGGGGCAUUUCAAAAUCUUGUCAGAAAUUCAUGUACUUUUGAAAUCCAGUCAUUCAACCUUUUCUCUGUUUAGCUGGAGAGGGCGAGCCUGCAAAAUACUGUAAAUGACUUUCAUAUUUUUCAAGAUUUAAAUUUUUAUCAGAAUGUUAAGAGUCAGCAAAAGGAAUAAUGGAGAUAAUGUGUAUUUAUCAUCAUAAAGACUUCUCAGUGUAAUGCACGGUUCGAAGAAUUGCAGAAAACGGGUCAAACCGGUUCUCUGUAUUUACUUUCCCCAGUAGCACUUAAUGCAUAACUGCACCCCAGCUAUUACUGACAAAAGGCUAUAGGCUACUAGGGCAGACUACAUUCCACAUUUUCAGGGCAUAGUUAAUAUGGUGGUCGUCAUAAGGUACAAUGAAGGAUCUACGGGUUAACACUUGGAAAGUCUGACUUCAGCAACGGUGAAGACUGAAUUGUCAACUAAUUGAUACAAUUCUGUUAUAAGUCAGCCAGAAAAUUGGUUGACAGCUUGACUGCUGUAUCAAAAUUUUCAUUUACGUUUUCUUAUAGGUAAAAAAUGUAAGCAAAUAUAUCUGUUGUGUCAAUACUAGAUAAAAUUAUAAAUAGACAUUUCAAAUAUUGAUGUCUACGUUUGGUGUCACAACGGAGUUAUUACUAUUUGCACUUUUUGAUUUGAUCUGUGUAUAGAAUAAUCUAAGCAGACUUGUUAAUGCCAUCGUAGCACUGCAUCUGAAUUGUAACCAAACUGCCGCAAUAUCUUUUUAAGAUACACUUUGCUAUCCUUAUGUCCCUCUUUUAUAGGAGCUUCAUGUUAAAAAAAAAAACCAAAAAAAACCUCAAAAGUAACGUGUCUUUAAACUACAAUAAAUGUAUUUAAAAAUCGCUCUGUGCAAAUAAGAUAGUGUUCUUUUUCUAAAUUACAUUUUCAUUUAGUAAAUUAUUAGUAAGUCGCCUAAUAUUUCUCAGAAUAGCCCUGCCCAUGGCCACGACUUACCUCUAAAAUGAAAGUGUCCCUCUUUGUCUAUUUUAAACGUUGAGAUGUAUAAAUGCGGACUACGUACAUUGCUCUGUGCAGAUGUAGAGAGUGACUAGAUAUCCACAGAUUAAUACAAUGGACUAAAUGCACUGCUCUACGCAAAUGUGGACACUGGCAAGGUACACACUUUAUUGGACAAAUAUAAAGAAUGAGAUGAAUGUCCCAUUUAUGUAUUGCUAUUAAUUUGGAUAACAGCUCUGUGUGUAUAAGAUACGUUCACACGCACUUUAUAGACACAGUACUCACCAUGCACAGAAACACAGAUCACAUGACCGCUCAGCCACACCUGAUGUUCACUAGAACUCUCCUGAUAUACACAGACUUUUUGAAAUUCAUUCUAUACAUUCUCAACUUCCUUUUAGUUUUAUUUUAAUUCCAAUCCUUCAAUCUAGAUUACCGUAAUCUUUAUUUUUGCCCCCUUGCCAUUAUUUUUCAUGCCCUGUAUUUUCAUUAUAACCACGCAAUACUGUUUAUUUCCCCCCACCUUGCCAUGGUUUCUGUUUCGGAGUAGCCAAAUAGCUGUCUAAACAGUGUGAAAGAUGCAUUCCACAUCGGCUGAAGUACCAAAGAUUUUUCAUUGGUGGUAUACGUUGAUCAAUGCCAGGUAACUAAUAUACACAUGCAUUUGUUUAUGAAGGCAUCAAUGAACAAACCAGUUUUUCUUCUGUUGUAGCUUUAGCCUGGUGCUAUGUUGGUAUGAUGCUCGAAAAACAGCACAGCUUUCCUACUACACCUAUGGGAAUUCAUGACUGCGGAUAUACUGGAACAGACCCCUUGGACUGUUUUGGCAAGGUACUAUAAACAUUGUUAAUCCAAAAGAACACUUUGUCAUUAACAGUCACCAUGAUCUGAUUUAACUUUUACUUAUUUAAGAAAUAGUAGAAAUGUUUCAAAUGGUCACAAAGGGGAUCUGCCAUAUUUUAUUCUAAAUAUACCAAUGUCCUGAAAGGUUGUGUUCGGUUUUCAAAUUUUGUAUUAAUGUAAAUGCAUAAUAUAUAUAAAACCUUGGGCAUUGCUUCCUGUUUGCAAAAGUUUAACCCUGCAGCUUUUAGUCAGCCCAUCAGAGGAAUAGUUUCAGCACAACUUUUAAUGAAGAACUGUACUUUUAUCCAAUUGCCCAAAGUGUACAAAGCAACGUUUUGACCACUAUUACAGUUUUUGUCAAACUUGACAAAGACCGUAGUAGUGAUCAAAACGCGUUUUUGUUUUUUUUGUACACUUUGGGCAAUUGGAUAAAAGAACAGUGCUUCAUUAAAGGGAGCCUGUUACUCUCCCCUACAUUAUUUUUAAAACAUUGUCCAUAUUAUGCAUUCAAAAAUAGGAGUUAAUUUCACCCCUUACUUUCCCUUUUAAUGGUCUGCCCCUGCUGCAAUAUGUGAAGUCCUAUUACAGGUCAGUCAACAACACAGUCAAUUGCACAUAUUGAAUUGCAUGCACAAUGUGUACACUGAGGGGCAGACUUAGAGCUGCAAUUCUAAGACUAUUUAAGGACUUAGCGUGAGUGCAGAAUGCUGGUUAUAUAAUCACCUUCAUCAUACCCCUUUAAAGGACCACUCUAGGCACCCAGACCACUUCAGCUUAAUGAAGUGGUCUGGGUGCCAGGUCCAGCUAGGGUUAACCCAUUUUUUCAUAAACAUAGCAGUUUCAGAGAAACUGCUAUGUUUGUGAAUGGGUUAAACCUUCCCCUAUUUCCUCUAGUGGCUGUCUCAUUGACAGCCACUAGAGGCGCUUGCGUGCUUCUCACUGUGAUUUUCACGGUGAGAGCACGCAAGCGUCCAUAGGAAAGCAUUGUAAAUGCUUUCCUAUGCGACGGGCUGAAUGCGCGCGCAGCUCUUGCCGCGCGUGCGCAUUCAGCCGGCGGGGAGGAUCGGAGGCGGAGAGGAGGAGGAGAGCUCUCCGCCCAGCGCUGGAAAAAGGUAAGUUUUUACCCCUUUUCCCCUUCCAGAGCCGGGCGGGAGGGGGUCCCUGAGGGUGGGGGCACCCUCAGGGCACUAUAGUGCUAGGAAAACAAGUAUGUUUUCCUGGCACUAUAGUGGUCCUCUAAGUGGAUAAGUCAGCCAAUUUUAUGUAGUUGACAAGGUCUCCUACAAGUAAGCAAAUAAAUGUAAUCCAUAUGUUAUGCUAAGCACAUCAUUAGCACAUUUAUAGAAUACGUUUCAAUCUUACCUCUUCUUCCUGGGUAAAGCAGUGAAUGGGUUGCACCCACAACUAGCAGGAUUGGUCUCUGAAAACAAUAUUGGUGUCCAGUGGUACAGAGAUAUAAACGGUCAAUGGUUGCUAAAGCUUUAGUUUAUUUAUACUGCAAAAAGGAAAAUAAAAACCAUUUGUUUUUUGUGCAAAUCAUAAGCUAUAAAUAAUGUAUAUUUGUUGUUUUACACAGGCAAUAGAGAUUGCAAAAAAUGAUCCUCUUAUACUGAACCGGUUAGCAAAGAUCUUUCAUUUCCUGGGGAAGCAAGAGAUGGCCACUGGGUUAUGCAAUAUGGCACUUGAUGUUCUUCAAGACCCGAAACUGAACUGGCAGGCCUAUGGCACACGGGCACAGGUAAAACAAUGCCACUCUGCUAACAUGCACCAGCAUAUUAAUAUAUAUCCUUUCCACAUUAUUUUACACACAUGGAUUGCUUUGGAUGCUAUGUUCACAUUCAGCACAGAAAAAACCCACCGCAAACGCAAACGGCCAAGUUCACCCGUCAGGGUUUUAUUUCAAGUUAUUAUUGGCUACCGCAGGUAUUCACAAAAUACAAACAACAGUUAUUCUUAAAGACACAAAGAACAAAAAACACUUUAUUUCUUCAGUUUUUUAAAGCCCUUUGCAUUUAACCAAUCAUACCAGGAUCAUUCUCAACAUCUUCUCCGGUCUAUAACUAAAUAAACUGCCGUAUUGAGUUAGAUCUAGAAAGUUAAUCUUUAAAUAUCACGAACAUGUGCCGUUUCAUUUGUAGAAUGCAUUCUAAAACAUACAAAUAUGUGAUCUUUUGUUUAAGAUAUUCAUCAGGAUGUACAUACGAGACUUAGAGCGUGCAAAGAUUGGAUUAGGAGGCUUACCAGACAGAAAGUUGCUAAAUGACGCUAAAUCUGACCUGGACAGCAUCCUAAAUGUGUAUCCUUGUCUGAAGACGUACCUAGACAUGGGGCAAGUAAGUAUAAUACGAGCUAUACAGGCAUGCACGGAUUUAAACGAAGAGCAAACAAAAUAAAAUGAACGCUAUUCCCUGACAGUUACUUAGAAAUUGAAGUAGCCAAUCUGAAUUUUCAGUUUUUUAAUUCUGAAUUAUAGUUACCUACUGCAACGUUGGGAAAGCAGUGUCUGCAUGCCAAAUACACAACUUGGGCUGAUAUGAUGUCUCCUCAGACAGACAGCAGAGUUACGAUAGCGGGACAUAGCUUAUUUCAUUAAACAGUGAACCGGGCUGUGUUUAUACUGCUAUGGCUGCUAUCAGAUUAUAGAGUUGAUGAAAUUAACUGGUCUUGGGUUAAGCAUCUUACUACAUAAACCCCCAGCAGAGAUUUAUGGGAUAAGAGUCUAUUCAUGCUUAGGGAGAGGCUAUUAAAUUUCUAGUAUUUUUCAUUUAUCUAUACAAUGGAUUAUUUUUGCCCUAGAGUUUCCCUUUAAGUAUUUUAACAUUUUCCCUGAAGUUAAAUUAUGUCUGCAUUAAAACAUCAAACAGAGCUAAUCUGUUAAUAGCAACAGUAAGAAAAGAGAUCUGUUAUUAUAAACAACAAAUCUAUUAUUUGGUUUCCAGGACACUCAUCUUCUAUUUAGAAUUGACAAUGAAUCUGCUGCCAUUCAAGGUUCAUAAGCAUAUAUUUGCACAUAAGAAAUAGAAUUCUAUAGCUCAGGACAUAGACAUAUAACCAAAUCAAUCUUUGAAAAUGUAUAGUGCCAAGAGCAAGACCGGUCUAUGGCUUUUUAAAUGUUACAGCAAAAAAGAUCUCACAAGAACCCCAAAAUAAAUGGAAUAAUCCUGAGAUAUAAAAUCUCACUACAGAGGCUUGUAUAGACAGAGCACAGAAAGGAUCGAGCCAGGUUAGAGAUGAAGUGUCGUUUUCCCCCUGUGGCCAUAUGCUGACUUCGAAAAUUGUAAAAUGUUACAGAUAUAACAUGCGUAGAGAAAUGUUUAACAUGAUAAAUGUAUGGAUUAAGAUACCGUGAGCCUUUGUGAAGGUACCGGUAUAUAAAGCCCAGUAGAUGUAAGUAUUGGUAUCACUACAACACAGGACCUGUUUAAAUCUAAAACACGUGGUCACAACAGAUAUGGGAUAGGAAAUACAAAACAGAUUUACAGUCUAAGGGACAGGUCAAUAUACAAUCUGCUAAAGAACACGUCAAAGGGAAACUGUAGUCACCAGAACAGCUACAGCUUAAUGUAGUGGUUCUGGUGUCUAUAGCCUAUUCCCUGCCUGCAUUUUUAUGUACAAACUGCCUUUUCAGAGAAAAUGCUGUGUUUACAUUGCUGCCUAGUAACACCUCUAGUGACUGACAUUCAAACUUCCAAUCGAGGUGCUUCCUGGGUUAGUGCGGUGUGCAGCACUUACAUUCAGUGUCUCCACGCUCUGAAUGGAGUUGCUAACCACUCCCCAUAGAAAUGCAUUGAUUCAAUGCAACUCUUAAGUUUUGCUGAUUGGUGCAGCAUUUUGCCACCCAUAGCAAUAGCCUCUGUGUUUUCCUAUGGGAAAGCGUUGGAGUGGCUUAGAGUAGCAAGAUUAAUGAUUUCAGCCAUGGAGGCUGGGCCAGCCGCAGCGAGACUGAUGCAGCGACGGUGAAAAGGUAAGUUUGUACACCUUUUUUAAAUUUUUUUAUUAUCAUUUUGAUCAAGAAUAUUAACACGAGGUAAGUAUACAGUAUAGCAAUACAAUUUUACAUAUAUAACCACAGAAUGACAAUCUUAUUGAUUAAAUGUGCAAUACACGGCGUGGUAGGCAGGGCCGUCUUUAACGCGGGGCAAACGGGGCAGCUGCCCCGGGCCCUGUCCCUGCUGGGGGGCCCGAGGUAACUAUCCUGUUUGCCCUCUGCCCGCAAACUAUGGGGGCCCAUCGGGUGGCCCAUGCACUUAGGGCCACACGGUGGGCCUUUGUCAGCAGGGGCCCGGUCGGGCGCUGUGGCGCUUUAACAGCGCGACCGGGCUCUUGCUUUUCGGCAGCACUGGGAGGAAGCGACAGCCGUGCGUCACUUCCUCCCACAGAAACAGGAGCCGCGCGGGAGGAAGGCGGACCAGCUGUUCUGGAGGGGGCCAGGCCGGGAGCUUAACUCCCAGCCACCCCACUGGACCCCAGGGAAGCCACCCUCCAGGAAAAGGUAAGAAACUGGAGGGUGGUUAUCAAAUUUUGCAUGAGUGCAAGUCUGUCAGUGUAUCUGUAUGUCUGUGUGUGUGAGAGUCUGUCAGUGUCUGUGUGGUUCAGUAUGUCUGUAUGGGUGUAUGUCUGUCAGUGUGUCAGUAUGUCUGUGUGUGAGUCUGUCAGUGUCUGUGUGGUUCAGUGUGUAUGUGUGUUUCAGUAUGGCUGUCUGUGUAUGUCAAAAUGUCUGGAUGUGUGUUUGUCUGUCAGUGUCUGUGUGUAUGUGUGUUUCAGCAUGUCUGUCUGUCUGUGUGUAUGUGUGUUUCAGCAUGUCUGUCUGUAUGUGUGUAUGUGUGUUUCAGCAUGUCUGUCUGUAUGUGUGUAUGUGUGUUUCAGCAUGUCUGUCUGUCUGUGUGCCAGAAUGUCUGUCUGUGUGCCAGUAUGUCUGUGUCUGUGAGUCUGUCAGUGUCUGUGUGUUUCAGUAUGGCUGUCUGUGAGUUUCAAAAUGUCUGUAUGUGUGUAUAUCUGUCAGUGUCUGUGUCUAUGUGUGUUUCAGUCUGUCUGUGUGUGCCAGAAUGUGUGUAUGUCAAUGUGUGAGUCUGUCACUGUGGUUCUGUAUGUCUGUGUUUGUCAAUAUGUCUGUCAAUGUCUGUGUGUAUGUGUGUUUCAGUAUGUCCGUCUGUCUGUGUGUAUAUGUGCCAGUAUGUCUGUCAGUGUAUCUGUAUGUCUGUGUGCGUGAGAGUCCAUCAGUGUCUGUGUGGUUCAGUAUGUCUUUGUGUAUGUGUGUUUCAGUAUGGUUGUCUGUGUGUGAGUCUGUGUCAGUACGUCUGUCAGAAUGUGUCUCUGUAUCUGUAUGUUGUCCAUUUGUAUUUGUGUGUGUAUCUGUAUGUGUCAGUGUUUGUAUCUGUAUAUCUGCAUGUGUGUCAGGUUGUGUAUCUGUGUGUCUGUCUGUCAGUGUGUGUGUCGGUGUAUCUAUAAGUAGUCAGUGUGUGUACCUUUGUAUCUGCAUGUAUGUCAGUGUUUGUAUCUGUGUGUGUGUCUGUGUGUGUCAGUGUAUCUAUAUGUAGUCUGUGUGUAUCUGCAUGUGUGUCAGGUAGUGUAUUUGUGUGUAUCUAGACGUAGUCAGGGGGCCCAAGUAAAUGCUCGCCCAGGGUCCAAUCUAAAUUAAAGACGGCCCUGGUGGUAGGAACACUUAUAAGAAAUGUAAUUAACACAUUCUCGUUUUCCUGACACUAUAGGGUCUUUAGGUCCCCUCCCCACCCUCAUGGCCCCCCUCCCACCGGACUGAAGGGGGCUGAAUGGGUUAAACACUUACCUUUCUCCAGCGCCGGGCUCUGUCAGCGCUGGGGAACUCUCCUCCCCCUUCCGACAUCAGCGCUGAAUGCAUUCAAUCCGUCCAUAGGAAAGCAUUUCUCAAUACUUUCCUAUGGACGUCAGCAUCUUCUCACUGGCAUCUAGCGGCUGUCAAUGAGACAGCCAUUAGAAGCUGGAUUAACCCAUUUGUAAACAUAGCAGUUUCUCUGAAACUGCAAUGUUUACAGCUGCAGGGUUAACCCUAGAUGGACCUGGCACCCAGACCACUUCAUUGAGCUGAAGUGGUCUGGGUGCCUAUAGUGGUCCUUUAAGGAGGUGGUACAAAAGAGAAGGGAGGAGAGUAGCAACUAUGUAUUAGCGAUUCAUGUAAUAAUUACUUUUGUAGUUUAAACACCUCUUAACUACUUACUGAGGAGGACCAGGAAUCAAACUGCUACUCCAGCACUAUAGUGUUAGAAAUACGUUUGUUCUCCUAAUACUAUAGUGUUCCUUUAACCCCUUGGUCUGGACCCAAAAAGUGCAAGCACUUCAUAUACAUAUGGCACCAGGCAAUGUAUAGGAGGUAUGGGAUCUGGGCAGAGAUGAGAGACUGGUCCCUGAGUGAAAGUCUAUACAUCUGUCUCCAAUUAGGAUAGCCCCAUGCUCAGAGUGCAGUAUUGGCUGAAUGUCCUGAAUUUACUCUGUCCAAUAUAAGUGCAUCUACAGAAACGCUUGCACUACACUGAUUCAAGACAUUCAUAGUAACUUUAGUUCAGUCCUGCUGUGGAACAAACUUGGGAUGGCAAGAGAGAAACCCAAUUCGGGAAGUCCCGCAGACCCUAGGACAGUUGGAAGCUAUGCUUUCGCCACAUUGAAUCUACCUUCUCUGAUGACAUUAAGCUGAAGUGGUCUGAGUGCCUAGAGUGGUCCUUUAAGGCAACAAUUCAGAAAGCAAUCUGUAGAAAAAUUUUAAAAGGUCAGGGAUUCUAUAUAUCCUUAAUUGAAUACAGGUGACUGAUAAUGUCAUUUAACUUUUUUCAAGGUGUGCUAUUACAUGGGGGUGGAUGCUGUGCAGGAAACAUUCCAAACUGAUGAAAAUGCCAUUAACAAUGCCUUGGUUUGCAUUGCCAAAGCCACAGAAUUCGACCUUGGAGACACCCUACCCGAACUCCAGCUGCUCAAGGGAAAGUGCCUGAAAGUUAAAGGUGAAGAACUCAAUGCGUUAGAAUGUUUUAAACGAGCCAUCCAAUUGGAUUGCAAAGGAACCCAGGGUACGGAGAGCUUCAGGUGCCUCAUAGAAACUCUUCUAAGCCUUUACAGCCAGAACAAAAUGAAUGCCAAGUCUCUGAUACAGGAAGUGGAAGUAUCGGUAAAAGAGGCCCAAGGAAAAUACACCUCAGAGAGCGUUAGUCAGGAGCUGCAGAUUGUGUGUCGGAAUAACACAGCAGACGUUGUCGAACUCUCCAAGUUAAUGAUAGGAACUGGUAAAAUGGAACUGGUGAAGCUCUUGUUUCAGUCAAUGAAGGUGAACCCCAGAAAGCUAUCAAUAAGCCACCGCUCUUCUUCCAUCUAAUAAAGUAACCUACUGAUUCUGAAACAAGUCCUCAGGCCAACCUAAGGGCCAAUAUGUAGGGAGAACCUGAUUCCAAGUAACCCUGGCAAUAUCAGUAAAACACAGAAUGUUGGUGAUCUUCGAAGCCUGGCUUUAUGAGAAAAUCCGUUACCAACUAACCAUUAGUUGAUCGCUCAGACCAAAGCAAGAUCCAACAACGCAGGUGAGGGGAUGAAUAGUAAUGUCGAUAUCAUUACAGAACAUAUAUAUAUAUUCAAUGACCGCAAUGCUCAUUCCUGGACUAUAUAGUCUCUUAUUACUCCAUCCCAUUAACGCCAGGAAAGAGAUAACUGACAAAAAAUAAAUUGACGAUGAGUUCAAACCUGAGCUGCAUUAUUCUUACAAUUAGUUAAAAACAAGCAUAUCGGUAAAGAGUACUGUCUGGGUUAUGUGCAAGGAUAUUUCACUCCUUUCUUUAGCAGGAGACUGUAAAAUGACUCAUGGUAGCAUGAAAUGUAUAUGUAAAGGCUCAUGGUGCUUGUAUUAACCCAUCAUUGUAUCCUGAAGAGGGAGCCACCGUGCCUCAUUGUGAAGUUUACAAAAUGCCCUAGUCACUCAAGGUUUCCUAUAUGGAAUUGACAGAAUCCUAACUUGAUCUUCUCUUACAAUGUCAUAGCAAAAUUUCAAAGCUGACCGCAUGAUCAACAAUAGGUGCAUUGAUGCUGUCAAAACCCUUUGCCUGCCUCUUCAGAUGUCGGAUGGUAAAAUGGGGAGUUUAUAUGCACAAAUUAUAAACACUUUCACACUGCUCAGGCAUGUAUAAUGUCUCAUACUUAGCUCAAGCUUUGAGGGGAGGUAGGUGUGUACUAGAACAGGGAUAGACAACCUCCACAUGUUUUGGACUACUAAAGGAAGAUGAGGUUAUGACAUACGAGAGAAUAGCAUUUAGUAUUUGCCACGUAAGGCACAAAUCUGUCUUAGAUAAAAUGCUCAAAUAAUGAUCGACAUCUGAAGAUAUGGAACGAGUAAAAAAAGUUACUCUCAGUUUUAUAAUCCAGUGAUUAUUGAAAAAAUUCUCACAUUGAGACGAAUGUUUUUUUUUUUUUGUUUUUUUUUUAUAUAUAGGCUCUAUCCAAAUCUUUAUAUUUCUAUAUUUUGUGUGAAAUAAGUGUUGACUAUCACUAAGUUUAUAUCGUGCACAUUAAUACCACGGAGUUGCACUUGCACAAGCAGAAUGUCAAUAAAUGCGUUAUAAAAAUUGUGAACUUUUUCUGUUAUUUUAUAUCUACAAAUCAUCAUCAUAUGAAUUUUACUAAAAACUAUAAAAAAGUAAAUCCGAUGGAACCCUGUGAUAAAUGGAUGUGGCAAAACCUUACGGAAACUUGUUUGUGAAGAAUUUUAUUAAAAUGUGAGUUUGAUACAUAAGACUGGUUUGCUGUGAUUUAAUUUUAACACAUAAAAAAUAUUUGGUAUUUACAGAUAUUUAUAUAAAUCCCAAUUAAUAGCUAAUUUUGCAACUGAAGAUGUUUGUGAAGUACAAUUUCCCAAAGGCCAGGCCAGCAUUGUGUGAAAGGUAGCUCACGACCAUCUUAAGUGCCAACAGUUAGCCAUCGCCAAUGUCCACAUUCUAUAUUACCUGCACAUUCUUCAAACAAUCCAUUACACCUUCUCUAGAGAGAUACUGCACUUCACCUGUGUUUUGUCUCCUGACUUCAAAGAGUGGUUGGCUGCCUAAAGCUUUCUUGCCAACCACAAUAACAAAUGGAUAGCCCAUCAUUUCUGCCUCUUUUACCCUUUUUCCAAUGGUCAUUUGGGUCCGAUCAUCUAAAACAAUCUCAUCUCGGAGAUGAUAAAGCGAAUGUAUAUCAUCAUAAAGGGUCUCAGCCACUGUUACAGCAUCUGCUUCCUUGCUUCCCUUUUUGGGAGGAAUCAGGCACACCUGAUAGGGUGCAAUUAGACCAGGCCAGUGGAUCUCAUCCUCAGUAGAUAGAACCUCAAUAGAAGCAGCUAGAAGUCUUGUAACACCAAUCCCAUAGCACCCCAUCUCUGCUAAAAGAGGUUUUGGUUGAGAAUCACAAGUAGUAUUAAAGGUAUUGGAGUACUUAGUUCCCAGAUAAAAUGUGUGACCUAUUUCAAUGCCUUUGGUUUCUGUUAGUUCUCCACCGCACGAUGGACAGUCUCUGUCGUCCGCAUUGAGGGUCUCUAUGUUAGCUGCAAAUCCACAGCCACCACAGACCAGAAGUCUAUCCUGGCCAAUGUUUGCUGGCAGUUGAAACUCAUGUGACAUCUUUCCACCAAUAUUUCCUGUAUCAGCUUGUACCUUCACAAAUUUCAGACCUAAGGCAUUGAAGAUGUUGGAGUAAGCAUUGCAUACCUCGUUGUAGGUUUGGUAAGCCCCUUCCUCAGAAGCAUCAAAUGUAUACAUGUCCUUCAUAUAGAAUUCUCGACCACGCAGCAAACCAAAGCAGGGCCUGGGUUCAUCUCUAAACUUUUUUGUUAUUUGAUACAAUAGCAAAGGAAGUUGCUUGUAAGUAAUGCCUCCCUCAGUGGAGACAAGGUGAGUUACAGCUUCUUCAUGAGUGGGUCCUAAGCAGUAAUCCUGGUUGUGUCUGUCUGCCAAACGAAACAGUUCUUUUCCCAUUAGUUCCCAGCGCCCACUCUGUUUCCAAAGAGCUGCUGGGCUCAGAUUGGUCAAGUCAAUCUUCUGUCCGCCAAUGCCAUGCAUCUCUUUAUCUAUCAAUCGAAAAAGCUUCUCCAUGGAGCGUACAGUGAAUGGAAGGAAGUGAAAACAGCCAGGGCUGGAUGGCUGGAUAAGACCCGCUUUGAUCAUCAACUUGUGGCUCCUACUGGUACGUUCACCGGAUUUUGAUUCCAGGCUAGAAGGACUUUCUUCCCAAAGAUUUCUGGGUUGAUAUAACCGAGAAAGCAGCAAGCGUUUUCCUUUGGCCACGUCAUGAUGGUGAAAUUUACAGUUAAUUCGAUGUGGCAGGGAUACUAUGGAGCACAAUCUCAGCAGUCUCACCAUGACAAAUCCCAACUUCUCCACAGCUAGAAACAGACCAAGCAUACAGUUAGAGAGCAUACAUAUAAACUUUCAACCUGUUUUGGAGGUUAUGGAGGUGUUGUCUGACUCCCAAUCAACAAUAUCUCAGAAAAUAUGAGAUGUCU